GCCUUCUUGCUCAUUCUCCUAACUACUUCCGAUGCUUAGAAGUGAACAGGACUAGAUCUCAUUUAUUAUUAUGUGGUCCAUGAUAAAUUAAGGGUAGAUAGACUGAUAAACUGAGUAUGAUAAAUCUGCUCUAGCCAAAGUAAUAGUUCAAGUUUAUGUUAGUUUGGAGAAGGUAACAGUAGCAGAAAGAAUAUUGUCUUGUUCUUGUACUGUUACUCAUGUGAAACCCAUGGUGGAGGUUACACUCCUCUUUGGGACACUACCAGAAGUGCUACUUUAUCUUUUCCAUAGCCAGCGUAGUUGAUGACUUACUUUGCUGGUCAGAAGGAAUCCUUUUUGUCGAAGGUGAGAACGAUUUUGUGGUAUCAUAUGCUCAACAAGCUUUCUUUGAAGUUCUUCGGGAGAAGUUCAGGAAACCAGCCAUGGAUCACCUCACGUUCAGAUGCCAUCAUCUUGUGACUCUUAUUUUUGCUUUCUUCUUUCUUUGCUUCUCCCUUCAAGCAGCUGCUGACUUGAGUCGCGACGAGAAAGCUCUUCUUGGUUUUGCUGCUGCAGUUCACCAUGGCAAGAAGCUUAAUUGGAGGCUUGAUAGACCAACUUGUUCAUCUUGGAUUGGAGUCACUUGCACAAAAGAUAGAGCGCGUGUCCUCGGAGUUAGGCUUCCUGGGAUUGGUCUCAUUGGAAAUAUCCCUACUAACACCAUAGGAAAGCUUGAUGCCUUGCAAGUUUUAAGCCUUCGACUGAAUGAACUUAGUGGUACACUCCCAUUAGAUGUUGCAUCCCUUCCUUCCCUGCGCUUUCUCUACCUUCAACAUAAUAAUUUCUCAGGAAAUCUGCCUGAUUCAUUUUCUUUCAUGCUCAGCUCUGUUGAUCUCUCCUUCAACUUUUUUUCGGGAGAAAUUCCAACCACAAUCCGGAAUUUAUCUCAUCUCACAUCACUGAAUCUCAAGAACAAUAUUCUUUCAGGUCCCAUACCUGACCUCAAGCUCCCAAAGCUUAAAUAUCUUAAUGUUAGCUUCAACAAUCUGAAUGGCUCUGUGCCUUUCUCUCUCCAGAGUUUCCCUAAUGAUUCAUUCAUUGGAAACAUGCAGUUAUGUGGCCCUCCUCUACCUCAAUGCUCAGCUAUUCUCCCUUCCCCCUCACCUUCAUUUCCCUUAUCACCUCUUCCUCUACUUCCCAAUGAUCACCAGAAAAACUCAAGCAAAAAAUUAACCAUUGGUGUCAUAAUUGCAAUCAUGGUCGGCGGACUGGCCUUAGUUUUCCUUCUUGCAAUCAUUUUACUUAUAUGCAUCUUGAAGAGGGAAGAUAGUGAAUCUGGUGAAUUGACAAAGAGAAAGGUGUCAAGUGUUGGAAGGGAUGAGAAACAUGAGGAGUAUAGCAGUGGAAUUCAAGAGGCUGAAAGGAAUAAAUUGUGUUUUUUCGAUAGCUGCUCUUAUAACUUUGACUUGGAUGAUCUUCUGAGAGCUUCUGCUGAGGUUCUUGGAAAGGGGAGUUAUGGGACUGCUUAUAAGGCUGUUCUUGAGGAUGGCACUACAGUGGUGGUGAAGAGGCUUAAGGAGGUGGUGGCAGGUAAGAAGGAAUUUGAGCAGCAGAUGGAGAUCAUUGGGAGGGUUGGACACCAUCCAAAUAUUUUACCUGUGCGAGCUUAUUAUUAUGCAAAGGAUGAAAAGCUUUUGGUGUAUGAAUACUCCUCCACUGGCAACUUAUCUGCACUUCUGCAUGGAAACAGAAAUGCAGGAAGAACUCCAUUAGACUGGGAAUCCAGAUUAAAGAUCAUGCUAGGAACAGCCAAGGCUGUAGCUCACUUACAUGCAGAAGCUGGUGUGAAGUUUUCCCAUGGCAACAUAAGAUCUUCAAACAUCCUCCUCACCCCAGACCUCCAUGCCUUGGUCUCAGACUAUGGUGUUUCACAGCUUAUCAGCUGUCCUACCACUCCCUCUCGCAUGGCCGUCGGCUAUCUCGCUCCCGAGUUCGCCGAGACCCGGAAAUUCACCCAUGAGACUGAUUCCUACAGCUUCGGCGUCGUGGUUCUCGAAAUGCUGACCGGGAAAUCUCCGGUCCGUGCUCCCGGCCAUGAUGAGAUUGUUGAUUUGCCCAGAUGGGUUCAGUCUGUUGUUCGAGAGGAGUGGACUGCAGAGGUGUUUGAUGUGGAGCUUAUGAGGUACCCCCAUAUUGAAGAAGAGUUGGUUGGGAUGCUUCAGCUUGCUUUGGCUUGCACAUCAAGAGAUCCACACCAGAGGCCGAGAAUGGAAGAAGUGGUUAGGAUGAUUGAAGAUCUUCGACAAACUGACUCAGAUGAUCGCCCUUCAUCAGAUGAUAAUAAGUUGAAGUGAUUAAAACUGCGUUUCAUUAAGCUAUUUUAUUAAUCUUUCAAGAGAAGUGAGAGAGCUUUAUUGUGGCUAAAUUCGCUUGUAAGGUGUCACAAGACUUUGUUUGAUCCUCCAUUAUUUGUUAUGUGAUUGUAACACAUUGGU